CGUCCUUAUCGAGGGCUGGUGCACACACACGGCAUGAAGCGGAACUUCGAGGUUCCCAGCCUCCAGCUGCCCGGCCUGAGCGAGCUGCCCUUUCCCGGCCUCUCCGACUUCGCCGCUCAAAGCGCGGCGACCAGCGGUGGCCGCGCUGACGAUGCGCCUCCAUCACCGCCAGACGACCUGGCCGAGCUGGAUGGCUUUGGCACCUGCGACGUGGUGGGUCCGCUCGCCGCCGUCAACCUGGUGGCAGUGGGCCUGCUCAUGUGCCUCAUGGUGCGGCGGCCAAUCGCCCGCACGGCGGAGUUCUCCCUGCUCGUCGGUGCGCAGCUCGUUGGAGCGCUCGUGCAAGCAGACUACCUCUACAUCUGGCUGGCGAGCGGCGGCGUGACCGAGGCGUACGCCCGCGCGCACCCGAUGGAGGAGUGGUUGCGCCUGUUCUCGGGCCUCGGCGUCACUCUCUAUUUCCUGGCCAUGUCGAUCCAGCUCCUGCGCACCGUGCGAUCGCCCUUCCAGGUCGGCAGUAACGCCGCCUACCACAUCUUCGCCUGCAGCGUCGCCGCCGGCUUCGCUGCUCUCGCCGUCCAGUUUGAACUGAGCGAUGAGGCGCUGCUCGAUGUGCCGCCCGGCGACGCUGCUCGCUGGGCCCUCACGAUCGUCCGCUCUGCCUUGUACAUUCUCGCGCUCGCCACCCUGCUCUAUGCGUGGAGGCUCAUCCUCCGCGGCGUGCAGGCUGCUGACGCGGCUUACACUCAGAAGCGACGCAUCCUGACCGUUGCGCUCGCCACAAUACUCCUCAUCGAGGCCGUCUUUGGCAUCUUCCCGCCGCUGGUGCCGUUGGUGCUCAUCGACGGCUUUCACCUCGACGGCCACUCGGCCGCGUGCACCGCCACGAUCCUCCUUGGGCUGCAAGACGCCGUGCUCGCCGCCUCGUGGCUGCUGGUGCUGCAGUACUCUGCGCACAAGCUGCGCGAGGCGGCGCAGGGCGAUCGGCGGAGCAUCUCCCUCGAGACCAAGGGCAGCUUCGAGCCUGAGGGCGCGGGGGACCUCUCCGCCGCGCUGCGGAAGCAGCUGGUCUCGCUUAUCACGGAGGGCGCAUGCCGCUCAGCAUGGGAGGCGGGGCGCGAGAAAUGGGAGGGGCUCGUGUCGAGUCUCACGCCGCCAGAGUGCACGACAGAGCAGGCACGCGUCUAG